GGACUCUACAAGAUUCACAGAUUGGUUUUUUAUUUAGUUUUUACUGUAUAAAUGUAUAAAUUUGUUAUAAACGGGUUAUUUUUGUUCCAGUCACAUACUGUACAUUACAUGUUUAAAUAUCUAUUACAUAUGGUACUGCUUAUAUUAUUUCACCAUCUGUACACCAAUAUAAGUAGUGAAUGUGCGUGUCCGUGGGUGGGGCUGUGUCAGUGUGGUAAUGUGGGCUGGUGUGGCUAUAGUGCUAGGGCUGAAUUUUUGUCCCAGUCCGCCCCUGCCUGUAAGUUUACAUAACUGCAAGCUGCCUGUAAACCCUGCUGACUAGUUUACUAGUUAACUGACUAGUUACUGGUGAUUUUAUAUGACUGGUAUCAAAAUGACAUUAUUAGGUAUACAAUGCAUUGUAUAUGAAAAAAGUCGAAAUCACAGAAAAACCAGACGUUCUGGAGCAAAACUAAAUAUACUAAAAAUGUUUGUUUAUCAAGGGUGUUUUAAAAAUGUCAUUUGAUAUUAUUCACCAAAUUUGAUGUCGGCUAGUGUUAUGGGUCCAUAGGGAAGGACCAAUGGAGAUGCAUGCACCCUUGCAUGUUGCGAAAUGCAGACUGUUUCAUCCAUUUUGUUUUACAUUAAGAUGUUUUCACUAGAGGGUGAGGAAGUGGUUUUCAACACAAGCGAUAGAGUACAAACCAGUAGGGUGGAGUCACUUGUUCAAAUGAUAGCAUUUCUAUUUGUGGAAACAGGGCAUUUUUUCACAGCUUGAGGUCAUUUUACCGUUGACAUCAUAAAUUGUAGAUAAAAGCCUGUGACCCACCAUUAAUGGGACAGCACAACAUUUCCAUGACAAUCAAGGGGACUUGAGGACUGCAUGCAUUUAUUUUGAAGCCUGGACGUGAUGGCUGAGAGACUUGGACACGAUAUGAACUGUAACUUUACCCUAGAAGGGGAUUAUGUUGGCCUUAUCUUCCUCUACAGCCUGUCUUUCUCCCUGGGACUGCCUGCUAACCUGCUGUCUCUGUGGGGGCUCUACCAACUGCGGCACUCUGGCGGGGGGGUCCAGCUGUUUUUUUUGGCCAACCUGCUGGUGUCUGACCUGCUGCAGCUACUUACCUUGCCCCUCUGGAUGGUCUACCUUCAUGAAAAACACAAGUGGAACUUAAAUAGCAUACCCUGCAAUAUUGUAGGCUACAUCUUCUACGUCAACCUGUACUCCAGUAUCGGCUUCCUGUGCCUCAUCGCCCUGGAUCGCUACCUGGCCAUUGUACACCCGCUGAGAAGCCGGAGAGUGCGACAGGUCCGGGUGGCCGUCAUCUGUGGCCUGUCCAUUUGGAUCUUCAUGUUCUUCUUCUGCAUGAGUGGACUAUACCCUUCAGUGUACAGAGACAAGUCCCACUUGUGCCUGGAGCAGUACCCCGUCAGUGAACAAUACGCUGCCUUUAAGAUUGCAACCAUCAUACUAGGCUUUCUCGUACCCUGUGCUAUCCUGGGCUUCACUUCUGUCUGCAUCGCCAUAGAACUGCGAAAGUCGCCCUCUGUCCCUGACCAUGAGCGCCACAAGAUUGUGGGUACCCUCGUCAUCAUCACUGUCAUCUUCGUGCUCAUCUUUGGGCCCUACCAUUUGGUGGGUGGCUACAAGUUUGUGGCUUUCUUCCUGACCAAUGACCACUGCAGACUAGAGGAGGCUCUCUUCCUGUGCUAUCGCAUCUGCUACGGGCUCACCAGCCUCAACAACCUGCUGGACCCUCUGCUCUACAUCUUCAUUUGCCAUGAUGCUCGAGACAAGUUCAAGCAGCUGCUGUGCUGCUUCAAGGAGAACCCGUACACCCCGGCCAUGGCCGACAGCAGCGUUCAAUCACAAUGACUGCUUGUUAUCUCCCUGAGCUCGGCCAGGCUUGCACUUCUUGGAAAAUUCGGUCAUAACUUUCAGGUGGAAUGAGACAGGUCUCAGCCCUGCUGCUGGACAUACCCCUGACUCUAUUCUUCACAAAUCAAAAUGUGUUGCCAUUGGGAUUGAGGGUGGUGGUUCACUGGGUGGGACUGGAACCAGGGGUGUGGAUUUGGCCCUCUGUGCAUGUUUUUCACAAUCCUCCGGUCUUUGCAGGUGUUUAAUCUGGUUCCUUCCUGUAGUCCAAAAACAUAUGGAUCAGUGCCUCUAAAUUUCACACAGUAUCUUAAUGUUAGUAUACAGUAAGUGCUUAUAGAAAAAGAAAUGGAUGAUUAGGAAGUUGUGCACUGGAGCAUGUAAAAAGAUCACUGGCAAGGCAUUAGCUUCACAAAGCAGUCAAUGGAGCGAGCCUAGAAGUUCACAAGAACUUAUGGGCAGAAAAAGGUUAUUUUAGGCCUUAGGUACUAAAUAAGCAGCUUGUGAGAUACAUCCAGUCCAUGACACUUUAUUUUGUGGCCCCUAACAUGCCUGGCGUUGAAUAUAUUAUUAACCUAGAGCCUAAAAGUUGUUUUCAAGUUGUGUGAAAAUUUGUUGCGGACCUUUAAUUUUGUGCCUCGUCCAAUACCAUGAGAACAGUAAAAUGAUUGACAGUAUGCUGUCCUCACAAUGCGUCUCGGUGCAUAACUGGGCAGCUACUGAAUAGCUGAUCAAUCUCCCUUAAAAAGCAAGGCAUGAAUUGUUUUGAUUUUUACUGAAAAAUCGAUUUUGUUGUAAAACUGAAAAUAUAAACAGAUAAUGUACAUCAACAAACACAGAUUAUUAUUAUUUACGUAUAACCUAUUUACACUGCAUAUAACGCUAACAUUCUGAACAGCUUCCGACACAACUGAUAAUUUCACUACACAUGCUUUAGCGUACCCCGACAUUAGUUUGUUGUCAUAAAUGUAUUUCUCGGCCAAAAUGAAGCCUGCCACAAAUUCGAACAGGUAGCAUAGAUAUAAUUCUGUAAGUAAGAAACAUUGACACAAUGGAAAUAUGAACUUAAGAUGCAAUGUUUACAGUUAUAGUCUGGAAGCUUCUACAUUUUCAAAUGCGGUGUGAGACAGAUAAUUAAAAUAGCUACCCUGAAAAAAUCCCCGUGGCAUGAAUUGAGUGUGUCUUUCUACUUUUUGUGCUGUGGCACUCGCAUAGUGAGAGUGAUUCAUAUUGACAUGGGGUUAGAAUUUCAUCCCCAGACGUUUGCUUGGGGUUGGGCUGGCAUUUUAUCCAGUCAGUACCCUGAUAUGAGCUUUCUGCUAACUAUGUAGUGUAAACCUGAGAGCAGUACAACACAGUAAAGCUGUAGUAUCUUAGACUAAAGAUACAUUAAUCUAUGUUUGUGCACCUGUAAAAUGAUAUUUGCUGGUGUUAAGCAGUUUAAGGGAAACAAUUUAUUACAAAAAAGAUUCUGAAUUCUGUCAUAUAACAAAAAUAAAACUUUUAAUAUACA